AUGAGCGUACUACUGCCCAAUAUGGCGGACUUCGACACUAUCUAUGAGCUGGAGGAGGAGGAGGAGGAGUCCGAGCCUGUGGUGCGGAGCCAGGAGCUGCCGCGGCCUCGCGACGCCCCGGAUCCCGUAGCGGUACGGGGCGCCGGGCACAUCACCGUGUUUGGCUUGAGCAACAAGUUUGAUACAGAAUUUCCCUCUGUUCUGACAGGGAAGGUUGCCCCAGAAGAAUUCAAGACCAGCAUUGGUCGUGUGAAUGCCUGUUUAAGAAAGAACCUCCCUGUCAAUGUAAAAUGGCUGCUUUGUGGCUGUCUCUGCUGCUGCUGCACGCUGGGCUGUAGCCUGUGGCCUGUAGUCUGUCUUAACAAAAGAACUAGAAGAUCAAUUCAGAAGUUAUUAGAAUGGGAAAAUAACAGACUGUAUCAUAAGCUUGGUUUGCACUGGAAGCUGAGUAAAAGGAAAUGUGAAACUAGCAAUAUGAUGGAAUAUGUAAUAUUAAUAGAGUUCUUACCAAAAUAUCCCAUAUUUCGACCUGACUGAGGAACAGCGUUUGGGUCUUUCCUGUUUCCUGUCAUUUUCUACCCUUAGU